AUGACAGGCUAUAUCGAGGCCAUAGAAGCGCGCCUCCAUCGUAUGGAGGGCCUUUUGGGCGGACUGGUCAAGGACAAGGAUCCACGUGCUGAAAUUGUGCGUGCCGAACUGGACGCUAUGGCUCGAGAAGCGGAAAUGACGGGACUAAAGCUGAGAAGAUCCAAGGCUUACGAGGAAAUUAAUCAUCGUCCUCAGAAUGCACCACAACCACAACGUCUUCCAGCUCACUCCUCUCAUGGUGUCAACUCCAAUUACCACAACCAGCAUCAACCUCAUUUCUCCCCACAGCCACCACAGCAUCAGCAGCAUCAGCAUCGGCAAUCGCAGCAAAAGUCCUCGCAUUCACCUUAUUCAUCAAACUAUAGUGAGGCUAGGCCCACAGGCUCAAAUCAGUCUCUUGGCUACACAGAUAGUCGCAUGUCACAAAAUCAUCUUCGACCAGGCUCACAUGUUACACAAUCACAUCAUUCAAGCCAUACCUUGCACGAGUCAGAUCGUCAACGGACCCUCACCACUAACGGUGGAAGCAACAGCAGUUUCAAUAUGAGUCAUCGACACAGCUUUAGUAACGGUAGCAGUCAUAGCAGCCAAGAAAUGGAUUCACAUCGCCUAGUUACACACAGACCGUCUUUGACGACCCAUCCACUCUCCAACCCCUUGACAGGAUACAUGCAUAUUCCGGAAACUAAUAGCAAGGACGUAGCGCUGAUCAUGCCAUCGAUUGACGUUAUCGACCAUCUACUGGAAGUGCACUUUCGCUCAAUUCACCCUGUUUUACCCAUGCUUCAUGCACGUACGAUUUUGGAUCAAAUCCGCCAAAGUGAAUCACCUCCUUCUCAUUUAUUGUUUGCCAUUCUGGGCCUUGCAUCUCGCUUUAGUGAUAAUACUGCAUUCCGCACUCCCCAACAUGGUGUGGAACGGCCCCCUUGUACCAUCUUUUACGAAAGGGCAAAGUUUUUCAUGAAAGACGAGUACGACAACUCUCAAAUCGCCACUAUCCAGACUCUCCUUCUGAUGGCUAUACAGCAAAUGGGAUUCUGCGAAAGCCAGCGUGCUUGGUUAUAUGUGGGAAUGGCAAUUCGGAUGGCGCAAGAUCUGGGUCUCAAUAAAGAGCCGUCGGAGCAGGAGUACAACAGAAAUAGGUUGCAAUGUGAAUUACGCAAACGGACGUGGUGGUCUCUUUAUGUGGUUGAUCGACUUAUAUGUGCUGGUCUUGGAAGACCUCUAACGAUCAUGCACAAGGACUGUGAAACUGGGUUCCCUCAGAAUGAAGAUGAGGAAGUUGAUUUUACCACAGGAAGGACGGUGCUCUCUCGACCAGCAACUAUUGCCAACUUUAUCCACCUGCUGACCUUGUCCAAGAUUCAGGGCGACAUUCUGGAAUUUAUCAAGGCUAAACACUGCACUCCUUUAAAAUCUAACAAAAGUAGCAGCAAAAAUUCCGCAUUUAUCCAAAACUUCGAGAAUGGAUUUGAUCAGGAUCGAGAGAGUUGCGUGGAUACAAGUGAUGCAGUGUUCUCUGCACUUGACAAGGCCCUGACAGAAUGGCGUCAGAAUCUACCAGAGUCAUUGCAAAUCCCUACAGCAUAUUCACCGCGCUAUGGUCUUUUCCUUCACCUUACCUUCAACACACUUGUCAUCCUACUUCACCGGCCUGAAAUGUCUACGUCUCCCACAUCGGCCUCAUUGUGCGUACAAGCCGCAGCUACUAUUUCAGAUAUUACCGAGAUACUCAUGGACACCGAGGCUCUCACAUCCAUGUUCAUCAGCUGCCUGUAUGCCAUUUUUUCGGCAGGCAUUGUCCAUUUCAUGAACAUUCCGAGCGUUCGCAAGCCAAGCAAAUCGUCUUUCCCUAGUCCCGUACUGUCUGCUUCCAAUGAGACUCUGUCUAAUCACACGAUCAAUGCCAAAACUAAUUUGAAGCGUUGUAUUGAUGCUCUCAAGUUCUUGGCUAACCAUUGGGUCAGCGCUGCUCGCCGAGCCAAGGUAUUGGAAGAUCUAUUGGAUUUGAAACAUGUCAGCUUAAAGGACCUUGAAGUUGACACGUUCAAAAUGUCACCGGUUGGACCAUCUUGGGUGUUGGAAUCUCAAUACAAGGAUGCGUUGGUUGGCCCACGAGAAUGCCAGGACAAACUUCGGCAGCAAUGUCGCUCCAAAGUUAUGGCAAUUCAAUCUUUAUUAGUUAAUGAUGACGAGUUCAAUAAGAUGCAGCACCGCAGAAGCAUUAGCUUCCCUGAUCACAAUAUGGAUAUUGAAUUAGAACAUAUCGAGGAAAGCUCACAGGUACAGGUACAGGAACCAGUUAACAAGGGCGACGAUAACGUGGAGCAGGGAUUUCGAGUGCAGGAAGACGCAGCUAUGAAUCAAUCGAAAUCUAGUGCAUCGUCAUCUCCGGCCAUGUCAAACCGACCACCACCAUCCAUGGUUGGCCUGGGUGCUCAAUCCCCGGUCCAAACUGAGCCAUCGGUAUCAUCGCCUUCACCGGGUCGUACGGACACCACCAUCACUCAGACUUUGGAAUCCGAUUCAGAGUUGGUGCACUCAACUAUCAGUCCCAACAUGUUUGAAAGCUCUACAGGAGAUAACAACAGCAGCAGCAAGAGGGUCAAGGCACAAGAGAGCGGUCUGUUGACCCCUAUAACUGUGAGAGCACUAGCGCACGGGACCACUUCGCCUCAAUUGGAUGAUGCACGUCGCAAGUCGGAGGCAACAAGUCCACUGGCGAAUGAAAAGAAUACGAGCAGUACUAUCGUGCCAUCACUCGCAUCGGGUAGUCAAGGAGCCAUGUUGGAUCCAUUUUCCAUGCCUAGUAGCAUCUCAUUUCCAGACUGGAGCAAUGACCGACGGCCUAGCAGUGCUGAUGUGAACAGAUCAUCUGGAGCUCAACCUAGUAGUCAGUUCAACACAGUCUGGACCACAGAUUCGCUAACACAGCGUACUACUGCCAGAUCAGCUGCAUCGUCGCCUAUGAUCUCAUCAAGCGGUAUUAUGGGAAGCGAUAAUAAGAAGACAGCUGCUCCUAACCAUACGCCUAACACAAGUAUAAAUAUAAGCGCUCAGCCUCUCCCGCUUAACAGCGAGCCAAACACAUACGCCUUGUCUGUUUCUAAAGCAAGCGAGCAGCGCGAAGAUCAAGACCUCGUCUGGCACGACAUGCCUCCAACCCUUGGUCUUGAUGAAUGGACAGCCUAUAUUGGAGCUUUAAUGAUGCGUUGGCUCUAUGCUUCUGGACAAUCUUCCCCACGCUCGAAUGUAUCAUAA